GCUAGUCGUUCCGUCGCGAGUGAAGGGGCGGGCUUGAGGGCUGAGAGAGUAGGAGCUGCUUCUCGGCUCUCUCGGCGGUGCAAGAUGGCGGACAUAUCCCUGGACGAACUCAUCCGGAAGCGCGGGGUGGCGGCAAAGGGGCGGCUCAAUGUCAGACCAGGAACUGGAGAUGUCCGGUCUCGUGUGGGGAUCCAACAGAGCCUUCUCAGCCCCCCAGCACGCACAGCCACCUUCCAGCAGAGAUUUGAUGCCCGUCAGAAGAUCGGCCUCUCAGAUGCCCGGCUCAAGCUGGGAGUCAAGGAUGCCCGGGAGAAGCUUUUGCAGAAAGAUGCCCGGUUUCGGAUCAAAGGGAAAGUGCAGGAUGCCAGAGAGAUGCUAAACUCCCGCAAGCAGCAGAGCACGGUGCCCCAGAAGCCACGCCAGGUAGCUGAUGCCCGGGAGAAGAUCAGCUUGAAGCGAAAUUCCCCUGCUGCCUUCAUGAGCCCACCCAUCGGGACAGUGACCCCUGCGCUAAAGCUCACCAAAACCAUCCAGGUUCCACAGCCAAAGGCCAUGGUACCACUUCAUGCCCAUCCUGCUGGAAUGAGGAUCAACGUUGUCAAUAACCACCAGGCCAAACAGAAUUUAUACGACCUGGAUGAAGAUGAUGAUGUUACAGCUCCCAUUCCUAGUAAACAGAUGAAAUUCACAGCCUCAGGCAGCUUUCUCCACCACAUGGCUGGGCUGAGCAGUUCCAAGCUGUCUGUGUCCAAGGCCCUCCCUCUCACCAAAGUGGUCCAGAAUGAUGCCUACACAGCUCCUGCUCUCCCCUCCUCUAUUCGAACAAAAGCCUUGACCAACAUGUCCCGGACACUGGUGAACAAGGAAGAAUCUCCCAAAGAGCUGCCACCUGCUGAGCCUGUCCUCAGCCCCCUGGAAGGCACCAAGAUGACUGUGAAUAAUCUGCACCCUCGAGUCACUGAAGAGGACAUUGUUGAGCUUUUCUGUGUGUGUGGAGCCCUCAAGCGGGCUCGGCUGGUCCAUCCUGGGGUAGCAGAAGUGGUCUUUGUGAAGAAGGAUGAUGCCAUCACAGCAUAUAAGAAGUACAACAACCGGUGUCUGGAUGGGCAACCAAUGAAGUGCAACCUUCACAUGAAUGGGAACGUUAUCACCUCAGACCAGCCCAUCCUGCUGCGGCUGAGUGACAGCCCCUCAGUGAAAAAGGAGAGUGAGCUGCCUCGCAGGGUGAAUUCUGUCUCCUCAUCCAACCCUCCUGCUGAAGUGGACCCCGACACCAUCCUGAAAGCGCUCUUCAAGUCUUCAGGGGCCUCUGUGACUACACAGCCCACAGAAUUCAAAAUCAAACUUUGAGUGGGGCAGUGAGGCAGCCAGAGUGUUCUGGGGACAGAGGAGGGUGGCUCUGUUUCCCAAAGCCAAGCUUGUGACCAAUGGGCCAUCGGACUGGAGGCCCCGAGAGUGGGGAGGGCCGCCGGGGUAGAGAUCUCCUCACUGGACGGGACCCGCCUUUCUGUGUUGUGUUCCACCCUGUGCUCUUCUGUUCGUUAAUGUCCCUGUGGUAUGUUUUUUCUGUUCUCCACCUCGUCAUCAAGACAGGCUUGUGUUUCUCAGAGUGUGUCCUUCCUCCCUCUAAGCUCGGCCCCAGACUGAAUUCUUAUGUGGAAAUGUAGCACUCAGUUGUCUGGGUUGUCCUCUUGUGGUCCUGUGGGAUGCAGGGCUGGGGCUGUUUGAAGGAGACUGCUUUUUCCAGGAGGUAAGGGGGGCACCAACCCCUGCCAUCAUAAGGGGAUCCGGAAUAGCUCGACAGUGAGCCUGGGUGGGGAUCGGGUCACAGGCCCCUGUUCUCUCACCGUGAUUAGUUCUAGACGUGGUGUCCCGGAGAGGGCCACGUGGCAAGGGCAGGUGAAUUGCUGCACUGCUAUGAGGGUGCACCCCAGCUCUUGGCUUGGAAGGCUCUUGCCAUUUCUGGCAACCCAAAGUACAUUGUCAAAGUUCAUGUUUCCCUUUUUUCUUGGGUUAUACCAAAUGCCCUGUCCCAGCUGUCUUAGCCUUCUGGGUGUCACUGCUGGGAGGGGCUGCAUUGUUACCUGUCCCAGUCUGGCAUGGCAUUCAUCACACCCUGGGUUUGGUUCAGAUGCUAGCUGAGUCAACUCUUCACUUGCUGGACUUUUCAGAUGCUUCCCGUUCUUUGGCAUUGUGGGUUUGGGGGAUUAUUUGAAUGCGAGAUGUUGGCUGCAGCUUGCCCUUGUCUCUUGCUUUCUGGCCUCAGACGUCUUACAGGACAACAGGAAUGCUGAGAGGGACAUACCCAGCUGCCACCAAGGGAUACUGUCCCCUACCCUGUGGGUGGCUCAUCCAUCAGUGACCAGAGGGGUAUUUUCCUGCUUUGGCAGUCGGUGGUUAAGGGAGCAGAGCAGCUGUUCCAGGCAAGCCAGUGGGUAGUUCUCCAUCAUGGUCCCUGGCAGCUGAGGCUUCCCUGAAUACAGUCUCCUGUUGAUUUGUUGGAACUGAAGGGAGCCCAGGCUGUCAGCCAGAGUGAGCUGGGGAGCAGGCGGGAACUCUCCAAAAGCAAUAGCAAGUGAUGUGAAAGACACAGGGCUAGAGCUCCAGGCCCUGGAACACUGAGAGCCUCUGAGGACCUGCGGGGGGUAGCCUAGUGGAAAACACUUAGAAAUUCAUGUUUCCACAGCUAAAUCUGUCAGGCAGGAGGGACUCAGGGUUUGAACACACCUUCAGUCCUUCAGCUCUGAGGUUGGCCUAGGAUGUCCAAGGAAGGUGCCCGCUUUCGGGUUCUUUCAGGGAUUCUGCUUUUCUUCCCUUUUUCCCCUUUGAGUGGUUACAAACUUAGUUCUCCUCAGCAUCUGGAAGACAUCCCUCCUCCACUCUACCAAGAGAGCACCCAGAAGGCAGUAGGAUCUGGUGUCUCAGGUGCUAGAAACAGAUUUGUGUUUGGACUCUGCUCAGUAGGAAUGGUAACUAUACUGCCUGCAUGACUUUACCUUCCGCUCCUGGUCCCGUGGCAGGUGUGCUUUGUUCAUUGGUUCCAUAGAGCCCAGCUACAGCCUCCUGGCCGUCUGGAGCCCGUGCUUUGGAUAGCCAUAUGGGAGACUGGGGAGGUGGAAACUGUUUGCCUCCCUGCUCUGCAGGUCGUCAUUGUGGGGAACAGGGAAGGGAAGGUGAUGGACUCUAUCCUCGUCUCCCUCUCCACCUCCCACUCCUAUUACAUUACCCAUCUCUGUUUCUUUUUGUUCGGAAGGAGAGGAAGAGGCAUCAAGUAAUGGAGAAGACUGUGUAUUAACCAUUUCUGAAUAAAUGUUUGUUAUUCCUA